AUGGCUGCUCCACUGCGAUGCAGCCCUCUCCUUGUGGUUCUGGUUUUCCCCUGCGUGGUUGGCACCGGAGCCCGGGAGUGUCCAACCGAAGGCUGCCAGGCCUCCAAGGGCGGGAGCUUGCUGCAGGCGAAGGCUGCGCAGAGCCGCCUGCUCCUGAACCUUUCUCAGGCAGACGGCAGAAGCCUCGCCCUUCACCGCCGUGCUUCGCGGGCUCGAGCAGCGGCGAAAGGCCGAGGCAAAGAGCGCAGCCGAGAGGAGACUCUGGAUGCCGCCGUGGCCUCCAAGGCCUUUGACUGGGUGGACGACGUUGUGGACUCCAUGGUCGAUGUCGCGAACACCGUGGCCGACUAUGGCAGCCAGAUCGGCACCGAGCUGGCGGAUGUUGGGCUCCAGGCCGGCAGCGUCGCCGGAAAUUCUGCGCUCGUCAUCGGAAAGUCGGUGGUGACCGUUGCGGAGCAGACCUACAAAGCUGUGCCCAGCGAGAUCAAAGCAGCGGCCAGCACGUUGGGAAGCGAGGUGCUGAGUGCGGGAGUUCUUGUUGUCAGCGUGGGGGAGGCCGCAGCAAAGGCCGCCAGCCGCCUCAGCCAGGAGGGGCUCCAGAAGGCUGCCCAGAGCUUGGAGCAGGGCGUCAAGCUCGCUGGCAAGGUGGCCCAGGAUGUUGCGGCAAAGGCCGCAGACCUCGGGGCGGAGGUAGGGAAGCUGGGUGCCAUGGCUGUCGCAUUGGCCGCCGACGCGUGGAACGUCAUCAAGGAGCCUUCAGAAUGA